AGAAACACUUUAAUCACAGGGCACCGAGCAGGGGAUGCGCACCGGUGCCGGUGCACAGAGGAGGUAUGCGGACCUGUGCGCGGUGGUUGGGCCGCGGUGGUCUCCCCCUCCGCUCGGGACUUCCACUUCUCCUAAUCCCGCCGUUUCUCCUCGCGCUUCAGCUGCUUGUCGUCGGGCCGCGGUUACCUCGAGCAGCGCGGCUGGGGGCGGAGGAGGAGCGGGAGGGCGCGGUGGCAUUUUCCGUUCUUAGUAUCGAGCCGGUGAGGGACUCACGCCAACGGGGAUCCCCGUCCCGGCGACCGGAUCUGGAUGAUGAUGAGGAGGAGGAGCAGGUGGUGGAUGAGGGACUGACGGAGGAGGAAGGAGCCUAUGAGGAUGAGAAUGAGAUGCUGUCGCGCCAGGUAAGCACGAAAGGUAGUUUAAACUGAUGAAUUAUGGGAGAACUGAUGCUUUAAAUAACAAAGACAGAAUAUAUUAAAUUAAGUGCAAGCAGCAGGUUUUAACCUUUAAUAUUCUGAGGACUGUGGGCAAUUCCACUUCUGAGAGUAAAUAAAAAGUGAAAAUAGGAGUAGCGAACUCUUUUGUUGGAAAAGAAGAGUUUGUCUUCAGCUUCAGGCUAUUUACCUGAAAUGAGCUUGAAAAAAUUCUUUUACCGCAAGUGAGUGUAAUAGCCUGUUAUCAACUGUAGAAAACAGACGGGGAUUUUUAGAAAAAUCUCAUUAAUGUCUGGUAGUUUAAGAAAAAUGUCCCGGUGCACUUUAAUGCCCUCAAAUAAAGAAAAAUCUGAAUGCAUUUUUCCACCGUGUAAAACUAUUAUAUCCUCUUUAAAAUCUUGAUGAUAUUUUGAAGACUUGGUAGCAAUUAAAUGAGUAAGAAGUUAACAGUUUCUUAAUCAAAAGUUACAUAAAGACUUAAAAAUGUAGAGGAGGUACUCAAGAAUGACAUUUUGUUGUAGAAUAGAAGAGAAUGGGCAAUUAUUGCAAUACAUCAAACAGUCCAGGUACACUGGAAUUUUUGGGCCAUACCUGUAGAAUCAUCUGUAUAAAAGGUAUAAAUAAAUAAAUCAAUAUCACACACACACACACACACACACACACACACACACACACACACACACACACACACACACACACACACACACACACACGCACACACACACGCGCACACACAUACAUAUACAUACACAUAGCCAUAUCAAGAAAAAGAUCAGAGUAAAUAAAACUGUAUUUACAAACUGUGGAAAGUACUAGAAAUAUUCAACCACUUGAGAAUAGAAUGUAAAAUUAAAACAGAUAGACAGAAUAUUGCAUAUUGUUGUUAAUAUAUGACCAAAAUAAAAUGUCUUAUAGAGUUUGACUCUGUGAAAUAAGGUAAAUGACACACCUGUGUUGAUUAAUGUCACAUAUUGCAUAUUUAAGUCAUCAUACAGCAGGUUCAAGUAUUUAAGCUAAGUGACGACAGAUGUUAGUGAGUUUAGUUUAUCAUUACACUUCUAGAAACACUCGUCCUCUGUGGUUUCCUCGUCCAGAUUAUCAUUCUGGGUCAGUGCGCGGCUCUGUGAAUUAUUACAAACAUGAUGGAACAGGUGAGGGUAGGAGGGGAGCCCAGCACUGACCCCAGAUCAGAGAGAGGUGACAGCUGUUCUGUCUUUAACCUUCAGCCGCACUGAGCUUCGUCCCUCAUUCAUGUGGGUGUCGCUGUCCUCCCUUUACCUAACCCUUCCUCCUCUUUCUCCUCACCCCCACCCCAGUCUCUUUUUUCUCUCACUGUCUCUUUUCCUGCCCAAGGCUAAACUCUGACUCAUUCUAGUGAAUCAUCAACCCCCCCUUCCCAAUAAGGUUGCCAUGGUGAUCACAGAAUCACUGUGAAUUUUUUUCAAGGGUGGGGGUUGUGUGUGUGUGUGUGUGUGUGUGUGUGUGUGUGUGUGUGUGUGUGUGUGUGUGUGUUACUGUGCCUCAAGCAAAUCUGUUUCCAGCAGGACAGAGGUCAGAGGUCAGAGCACAACCUGCUCCCUCUGCACUUAUACCUGGGGCAUGGGGCGCUCACUCUCACACAUUACAGUCAUUCCUAUGCAUUAUUCAGUCCCCUGCCUACUGCUGUGACUCAGUUCCUUGCACUGUGGUUUCAAUGUAUUGAUAUGUAUAUGUGCGUGUUGCCAGGUGGGACCCAGAGCGUUGGAGCUGCAGUCAUGGGCGGCAGACGGGCCGUCCUUCACAGCAGAACUCAAUAGGGUCAUCACGUUCAUCACAAGGCCCCAGGUGAAAAAAAGUCUUAUCUCUGCAGAGUUUUAUUACAGUUGCACAUUGACAAGAAACUAGAAGAAAUGUCACUAGUGUCACAACAGGCUUGAAAAGAGGGUCUCUUUGAGAGGUCUGGUAGUCUUUGGUGUCAUAAAUGUUAGGGGUUUGGGUUAUUAUAAUUAGGUUUUAUUUUAUUAUAAUCAACAGUCUAGAAAAUACAUAAAUAAACAGUGAGCAAUGGCAGAAUUUGCAGUCACAUUUUACCUAUUUAUCAAGUGUCAUAGCCUACUUUAAACCUUGAAAUGAAGGUUUCCAUUUAUUCAUUUACCAGAGGAUAUUUAAUCAGAAGCUGUGAGUAUAUCAUCGCAAUGAUUUUCUUUAGGUUUAUGAAUUUCAUCUGAUGAAAAUAGUGAAAACCAUUAAAUGUUUCAUGAGUGUGAAUUAACAAUUAAAGAAAAGAAAGAUUUUUUUAAAGAUUUAGCCUACUAUAAAGCCACUCAAGAGCAGACUAAGACUGCUACUGAUGCAUGGCUGUUGGGAGUAGCAUGCUGCAAGUGCUGCACAUUAAAAUGUUUUAAAAAUGCUCCUUUUGUUAUUUUAUUUUAAAUAGAACAAAGAUUUGAGAAAAUAUAAUAGCAAUUUUAGAUAAUUGGAGAUGUUCAAAUCACAUAAGAUGUACCACAGGCUUGUCCUCUUGCAGCUAAAACCACCAGUCAUAAAAGAGCACAAGAACAGAUCAACCCUUUUGCACCAAGUGGAUGCACUUGAGUCUAAAAAUUGCAUAUGCACGGACAAAAACAUGCAUCUAUAACUACUGCACCCCCUACUUAAAGCCCAUUUGCACGGCCCUGUACUGAUGCCUUCAAAAGCAACCAUCAGGCUUGUAUCUUGACUGUAAUUUUCAAUCCGUAAACUGCUGUGAGGGGGUAGAUAUCAGCCCAGAUAACUGACAGCACACUGAGGAAACAGGGUUUUUUUCUUUUUACUUUUUUGAAGUCUUUGUCUGAACCAUUACUUUCACAUGUGCAGCUCAGAGAGCAGAGUUAUUAUUUUGUCCAAAAUCAACUCAAACAGAAAGUUCCUCACAGGAGCUCUGAGUUGCAGAACUAUAUGUGAAAUGAACCUUUCAGGUUUAUCUCAUGAUGACCUUUCCAAAGAGUCCCUGACCCUCACACUGAUAUCACUAGUCUCAUGUUAAGGGUUCUUUCUGGCGGUCUCAUGGCAUACACUUAUUCAUCAUGGGCGUGCACACACAGCAGCCAAGAGUACAAUGCUGCCAGGCCUCAAGAGUAAUCAAUACAAGCUUCACUUUUCAUACUUCUUCACUUCUACAACUGCACACUUCCAGCGAGGAGGUUAACUCUGCAGUAAUAUGAUCAGCCAGCGCUGUCUGUGUCCUGGCAGCAGAAUUCAGCAAAAUCUGGAGCUAGUGAGGACGUCCAGUUCCAGCUUGGAAACUCCCAUAGAAGAGUUAAAACUUAAAUAUAGUGCCAAGUUCUGGGGAACUGAGAGGGAAAAAUAUUUGUAUAUUGUGUUGAUUUUUGCUGUUUGUGUUCUAGUGUUAUCAUCAAGUGAGUCUUGCAUUUAGCAGUUAACUUGAAAAGAAUAACCCCUCAGUUAGUGUGAGUACUCCAGCUUUUUACAGGCCCAAGAUUUCCUUUUUCUUAAGUCUACAAUAAAGUAUAAAAAUAUAGUAUAAUUAAAAAUGAGGUAUAAAAAUGCAACAAAAUGUAGCAUUUAAGGUUCAUUAAGGAGCCCAGCCAACAUUAAAAUGAAAAGUUUCAAAGUCUUUUAAACAUUUACAAGCAGACAUGUAUUUUUAACAUGUCUAAAAAGGGUGGAGAAGACUUUUUACUGACUUCUUCCAUGACUAUAACCAUACAGUAUCCUGCUUAUUACCCUCUUAAGUUGUGAAGUCAUUAAUAUAUUGACACUAAUCAUUAACUUAUAGAAAAAUAGUUCUGGUUCUGGACAUAUCAGAAUCAAGUAUUUAACACAAUAGGGUGAAAACAGUCAAGUAAUAUACACUUUAACACACCUCAUUCACUACUUCUGUGCUCCUCAAAGAAAACUUUUCCCCGCUUUUGUAUCUGUCUUUAUGAAAUGUUCUCACAAGUUUUGUAAGACGAGCUUUCACACAAUUUCUAUUUUUACUUCCUCUUGCUUUGGUUCCAUGCUACAAAGUGCAUAUUCUCUCAGAGCUCCAUCCAACCUCAUCUCAUGUGCGCUCUCCUCUGCUGUCCAUCCUCAGCUAAACUGCUCCAGGACUUUAUCCCCGGGUCAGACUCAGGCAUCAGAGCCUGCAGCAGAUUCUCCCCGCUGGCUGCUGUGUGCAGAGGACUGGCUCCUUCCAGCAGGAGAUACACUGUGUGUUGCUUACUCUUUCAGGUGUGUCCAUAUGUCUUCACUCUGCAUGCAUGUGUCUGUGCAUGUACCGUCACGCUUAUACAUUCAUGUCACUGGCAGAGCUAGAGUAAACAAUGCAUAUUUAAUCAUGCAUGCAAUAAUCUUCAAAACACUUCUGUGCUCUUCUGCAUCCCUGCCUGUCUCUCCUCUCCAGUAUGGAUGGAGGGGUCUCGGAGUUCCUUAACACUGUUUCGGCGCUGGGAUGUCAAGUCCACAGUUUUGAUCUCAGCAACUCAGAUGCAUCUGGCCGUCACCUUGGCAACAGUUUGGCAAGUAACCAUGGAGACGGAGGCGUGGUAAGGCAGCACAAGAUGUGGCUGGAGUGGCGAGCGCCAAGGAAGCGCAAGCACAAGAGAAGAAGCAACCUGGGUACUGUUUCUCAAACACUGGCAGACAUCAUGGCUGCUCUGGGACAUCACACAGUAAGACACAAACACACACACACAAGCACACUGUGGCACACACUCACAAUCACAGAUAUUUGGAGAAACAGUGCCAAACAAACAUACCUUAGAGUCUUUUCGACCCAACAUACCCAGAAAGCUCUCCUACUUCUAUGUUCCCAUAGCAACAGGGCUCUGCGCCAUCCCUGGCUGCCAUGGCAACAAUUAAAGUAAGUGAAUCAGACCCUGGCCCAGUUACAUGAUGCAGUCACAAGAGGGAGCUACGUACCCUUAGUUUAAACAUGUUUAAGUUGAAAUGAAGGAAGUUAGUUCAUACCUACGAAUAAUGUCAAUAAAUAUUUGAAUUUUCCUGUAAAAAAAUGAUGGAUAAAUAUGAGAAAAAGCACAGGUUGCACAAUAUCUAAAAAUGAACAUAGUGAUUUCCUAAUAUUAGAUCUCGCUCUUUACUUUUGACAAAUUUUAAAGUAUUAAAAAAAUAAUUUUUGUGUUUAUUGUAAAUGUAAGGGAAUAAUAGUGCAGUUUUAAAAAACAUAGUAAGAACCAAUAGGCAGACACUUAAAACACAACUUCUGGUGUUUCAUUCACUUAAAGACAGGUCUACACAUACACUCAAACUAUUUAUAAAACUCAUACAUCUUAAAAUAAGACAGUUUGCUUGUCUGCUUUGGACAUCCCACUGACGGUAUCUCCACCUCUCUACACUAUCCCUGUCCUCUAAAGGUUCACUUCCUAUAUGCUGACCUGCUCAGUGCCGAGUGGAGAGUUUUCCAGAACUGGAUCGAAUCAGGAACUCUCCAAAGUGUCCAUCAUUUAGUUGCCACAGUGCACCUGCAAUGGGCUGGCUUCGAGGUGGGAGGGACCGACGAGGAGGUGCUGCGCUAUUGGUUCAGCGUCCUGCAUGGUCUCCAAGCUUCUGGACUGAAGCUGAUCCAUAGCUCUGCAGGAGAGGGUCUGAGUGUUCUGAAACAGACAGUGCCGAAUGCUCACAGCACCUACACGCUCAGCUGGGUCAACACAAGACACUGACCCUCACUCAGGAAUAGACACAGAUGUGCACACAUGAGCAGACAUAAAGGACGGACUCUAAAAAGGAGAGGGUCACAUUUGAAAUAUUUUGCAGUGUUACACUUCUUUGAACUGAACCCCCCACCCCCCACCCCCGUGUCUUUUGAGGCUCUCACACGGUUCUUAACGUGACAUCUCCCCCUAGUGGACAUGAUAGGAAAAGCCUUUUUCUGAUACCUUACAUAAAGGGAAGUAGAGUUGUUUCGGCGAAUGUUUCUAAUUUUAGCAAAUAGUUUCAGCAACAGAUGGAAAGUUUUCCCCUUAUAAAAUAGAAAGCAUUAAGUCAAAGUGACAAGUUCUGGAACAGUAAAGUAAAUAGCAGCCAGUUAUCUUGCAGGUUUCAACUUAUUUUCACUGUUAUUUUCUUUUCUUUUUAGAUAGAUAGAUAGAUAGAUAGAUAGAUAGAUAGAUAGAUAGAUAGAUAGAUUUUAUUAAUCCCAAACUGGGAAAUUCUCAUUACAACAGCAAUAAAAACACAAAAUGAAAUUCAAUAUAAGAAGUAUGUACAAUGCAGACUGAAUAUACUAAAUAUAUACAAUAAAUACAGACUAAAUACACUAAACAUCCUAAGAGAAAAAAGUGAGAUAUAAAAAAAGUGGGCUAUUGAAAUGAGUAAUACAUAUAAAAUGAGUAAUAAAUAUGAAAUGUGAAAUAUACAGAUGGGAUGAUAAAUAAACAAACAAUUUAAGGUGCUCAGUAAUAUGUUGUGGUAGGAGUUUUAGAAAAUGGACUAUACAGCAGACAGAUGUGAGUCUCUGUCCGACAGAUGUGAGUUAUUGAAUAGUGCUAUUGCUUGUGGCAGGAAAGAUUUCCUGUAUUUUUGUGCAAUUUGUGAUUUUUAUCAGUAUCUUGUAUCCCUUUAUGUCACUGUCACCCCUUUCAUGUGCAUUUUUUAUAUCUCUGUAUGCCUCUGUAUAGCUUUAAAACUCGUGCAAUAAUUCUAAACACUGAAAAACAGAGACAGAGGAUGUGGAAAAUAUUUUUGAAUACUGGUGCCUUUAGUUUUGUAGAGAGGGUUUUUGUAAGCUGCAUUUCUACAUUUUGCACUCUGCUGUGUACUGUAAAACAAGAAAUACCAAAACAAUGCUGUAUGCAUAAAAAUGAAAAAACAAAUCACAAUCAGACUUCAUUUGUUGUUUUAUUGUCUGUCCAGUGAGAACUAUGAAACAUUUUUCACAUUUAUCACUAUCAUGGUGUGAUCUGCACUGCUUAUAUUAAUAAUAAUGGUGCUGGGGGUGAUGUCAUGCUAUUACAAAUA